UUUUCACUGAGGAAUAAUCUCAUGCUGGACUGGAACCCGUUGGAAAGGAAAUCUGAAAGUAUAGAGUGGUGUUUUCUUUAAUGUAAUAUACUGGGGCAAGAAAACUUUGUGCAAAGGAGGUACUCGGACAACAGGCAUUGCUGUUUAUUUUCAAGUUUGUAACGGCAGUGAGAAUGGACAAGGCACCUCAGGCAAAGAAGACCACUGCACCCACUGUCUCCCAGAUCAAUGCGGAAUUUGUAACACAGCUUGCCAAUAAAUACUGGGCUCCACAUGUAAAGAAAAAGCUAGCAUUUGAUUCUAUGGUUAUUGAAGAGGUUUAUCAGAAAGAAAUGGUUACGUCCAAGUAUUCCGUUAGAAAAAUAAUGUUGCUUGAAUUUAGUCAGUAUUUGGAAAAUUAUCUCUGGGUGAAUUAUUCUCUGGAAGUGUCAAGCAAGGCAUAUUUAAUGUCAAUCUGCUGCAUGGUGAAUGAGAAGUUUCGAGAAAAUGUUCCAGCAUGGGAGACAUUUCAAAAGAAACCUGAACACUUUCCACACUUUUUCAAAUGCAUCCUAUCAGCAGCUCUUGCUGAUGAAAGUGAAGGCUAUAGUUUACGUGACCAGACUAUUUUACUGCUUUUUCUGGACCACUGCUUUAAUAGCCUGGAGGUGGACCUUAUCAGGGAACAGGUUCAGAAGCUCAUUUCUCUGCCCAUGUGGGUGUGUCUGCUAAAGGCACGCCUUGAUCUUGAACUGAAGAAAACACCAAAGUUGAAGAAGUUUUGGAGUCUUAUAAGAAAGAGCGAUGAAAAACUAAGUGAGAAAGCUAGAGAACAAGCAGAUCAAGAGAGGAGAUUUCUUUCAAGGCUAAUCAAGAAAUUCCAUACUGUACUGAAAUUAAUUCCUCCUUCAGGUUCCGUAUCCAUGGAUGUUGUUCAUUACUGUGAAAGAUUCAUAGAACUGAUGAUAGAUCUUGAGGCUUUACUUCCUACCCGUCGUUGGUUUAAUACAGUAUUAGAUGACUCCCACAUUGUGGUUCAUUGUUACCUAUCUAAUCUUGUUCAGUGGGAGAAGGAAGGUCAUCUUUUUUCUCAGUUGCUGGAUAUGCUGAAGUUUUACACUGGGUUUGAAAUUAAUGACCAGACUGGGGUCGCAUUGACUGAGAAUGAAAUGACUACAAUUCAUUAUGACCGUAUCACUUCACUUCAGAUCCAUGUAUCUAAGGACGCCAAACCUUAUUUUGGAGGUGAACUUCAAAUAACUACUACUAGAAUAUAUAGAGCUGCAUUUGCCCAUUUCCCAGAACUGCAUGACUUUGCACUUUCAAAUGUAGCAGCAGUGGACACUCGAGAUUCAUUGCAAAAGAUCUUCGGACCUCUAAGUCCAAAUUCUCUCCACAAGGUGGCAUCAUAUCUCUGUCUUUUACCAGCACUGCCUGAAAAUGUUGACACUACGUAUGAGAAGGAGUUUCUACUAGAAUUGCUGGUGUCUCGUCAUGAGAGGCGGAUAUCUCAAAUUCAACAGCUUAACCAGAUGCCUCUGUAUCCUACUGAGAAGAUAAUUUGGGAUGAAAACAUUGUACCCACUGAGUAUUACUCUGGAGAAGGCUGUCUAGCUCUUCCUAAACUAAAUUUGCAGUUCCUUACCCUUCAUGAUUACUUGCUGAGAAACUUCAAUCUUUUCCGCCUGGAGUCCACAUACGAGAUCAGGCAGGACAUUGAGGAUGCUGUCAGCAGGAUGAAGCCCUGGCAGUCCGAAUAUGGAGGAGUUGUGUUUGGUGGUUGGGCUAGAAUGGCUCAGCCAAUUGUCACCUUCACUGUAGUUGAAGUAGCAAAACCAAACAUUGGUGAAAACUGGCCAGCGAGGGUAAGAGCUGAUGUCACAGUAAAUCUGAAUGUCCGACACCAGAUAAAACAGGAAUGGGAAGGUCUACGUAAGCAUGAUGUGUGCUUUCUGAUUACGGUACGUCCAACUCAACCUUAUGGCACAAGACUUGACUGGAAAAAAAGUUUUGUGGAGCAGACUGGCCUGAUUUAUGUGCGAGGUUGUGAGGUACAAGGCAUGCUGGAUGACAAGGGACGAGUUAUUGAGGAAGGACCUGAGCCAAAGCCUGAGCUGAAGGGUGAUUUGAGAACAUUCAGAGUGUUUUUAGACCCUAACCAGUACCAACAGGAUAUGACUAACACAAUCCAGUCUGGAGCUGAGGAUGUCUAUGAAAACUUUAACAUCAUAAUGAGGCGUAAACCUAAAGAGAACAACUUCAAGGCAGUGCUAGAAACAAUCCGGAAUCUAAUGAACACAGAAUGUGUGGUACCCGAUUGGCUACAUGACAUUAUUCUUGGGUAUGGGGAUCCAGGUAGUGCCCAUUAUUCAAAAAUGCCAAAUCAGAUCUGCACAUUGGAUUUCAAUGACACCUUCCUAUCCAUUGAUCAUCUUAAAGCGUGUUUUCCAGACCAUGUCUUAAAAGUUUCAGCUGACAGUGUGACUCUACAGAAACCUCCUUUUAAGAUUACAUUCUCUGUAAAAGGUAACAGAGGAGUGAAACGUAAAGGAGAAAAUGAAGACAUAGACAGUGAGAAGAACACCUUGUUUGUUGAACCACAUGUAAUUCCUAAUAGAGGACCAUACCCUUACAAUCAACCAAAAUGUAACACAAUUCCAUUUACUCCCACUCAAAUUGAGGCAAUACGUGCUGGGAUGCAGCCUGGGCUGACCAUGGUAGUAGGACCUCCUGGAACAGGGAAAACUGAUGUUGCUGUACAGAUCAUUUCUAAUCUGUACCAUAAUUUUCCAGAGCAGAGAACCCUAAUAGUUACUCAUUCUAACCAGGCCUUGAACCAGCUGUUUGAGAAAAUCAUGGCUUUGGACAUUGAUGAGCGUCACCUGCUACGUAUGGGUCAUGGUGAAGAAGAGCUGGAGACAGAGAAGGAUUUCAGCAGGUAUGGAAGAGUUAACUACGUCCUAGCUCGAAGACUGGAACUGUUGAGGGAAGUUGGGCGACUACAGGAGAGUCUGGGGGUUCCUGGAGAUGUAUCCUAUACUUGUGAAACAGCAGGCCAUUUCUUUUUAUACCAGGUUAUGUCUCGAUGGGAACAGUACCUUAGCAAAGUACGGCCUAAAGGUGGAAAGACAGUUGAUAUUACAGCAGUUUCAGAGUUCUUUCCUUUCCACAAGUAUUUUGCAAAUGCACCUCAACCCAUUUUUAAAGGUCAGUCAUUGGAAGAAGAUAUGGAAAUUGCUGAGGGCUGUUUUCGACACAUUAAGAAAAUAUUUACUCAGCUUGAGGAGUUUCGAGCCUUUGAACUGCUUCGUAGUGGAUUGGACAGGUCUAAAUACCUGCUGGUAAAAGAAGCAAAGAUUAUUGCAAUGACCUGUACCCAUGCAGCCCUGAAGCGGCAUGACCUGGUAGAAUUGGGAUUCAAGUACGAUAAUAUUCUGAUGGAGGAAGCUGCUCAGAUCUUGGAGAUUGAGACCUUCAUACCACUGCUUCUGCAGAAUCCAGAAGAUGGAUUCAGCCGGCUGAAACGCUGGAUCAUGAUUGGGGACCAUCACCAGCUGCCUCCUGUCAUUAAGAACAUGGCUUUCCAAAAAUAUUCCAAUAUGGAGCAGUCACUGUUUACACGUUUUGUUCGCUUGGGUGUACCAACUGUAGACUUGGAUGCACAAGGCAGAGCAAGAGCAAGCCUGUGUAACUUAUACAAUUGGCGUUACAAAAACCUUGGUAACUUGCCUCAUGUCCAGCUCCUUCCAGAGUUCCGUUGUGCCAAUGCUGGCCUUUUGUAUGACUUCCAGCUCAUCAAUGUAGAGGAUUUCAAUGGUGUUGGAGAAUCUGAACCUAAUCCUUACUUCUACCAGAACCUGGGUGAAGCAGAGUAUGCUGUUGCACUAUUCAUGUACAUGCGGCUUCUGGGUUAUCCUGCAGAGAGAAUCAGCAUCUUGACAACCUACAAUGGACAAAAACACCUUAUACGUGAUGUCAUCAAUCAGCGUUGUGGGAACAAUCCUUUCAUUGGUCGACCAAACAAGGUAACAACAGUUGACAGAUUCCAGGGUCAGCAAAAUGACUACAUCAUCCUUUCACUGGUCCGAACAAAGGCUGUUGGCCAUUUGAGAGAUGUACGACGAUUAGUUGUUGCUAUGUCCAGAGCCAGGCUUGGUUUAUACAUUUUUGGGAGAGUUUCGCUGUUUCAGAACUGCUUUGAGCUGACUCCUGCUUUCAGCCAGCUUACUGCUCGACCACUUCAGCUGCACAUCAUUCCAAUGGAGUAUUACCCAACAGAAAGAAAGAAUGGAGAACAUCCCAGUCACCCUGUGCACGUAAUAAAAAAUAUGCCUGAGAUGGCAAAUUUUGUCUACAACAUGUAUAUGCACAUGCUGGAAAGUGCACGGCAGUACAGACAGUUUUAUGCUUCUCAACAACUACUGCCACCACCAGCCCUUGGGCAGGAAAGUGAACCAGUCCAAGUGAGUACAGAGGAGGAAGAUGGAGAGGAAAUAGAGAAUGAUACCAAACCUGAGAGUACAUCAGAAACCACAGUGGAGGUAGAAGGAGAGAAGGAGGAAGAAGCUGCAACAAAAGAUGAAGAACAUCAUAAAAUGCCAGAGCAUCCAGGCAGGGACAGUGAUAGUGAGGGUGAAGAAGAAGAAGAUUAAUUCAUACGUAAUCUAUCUUGAUCAAAAAGGCAUAGUACUACUGGAGGGCUCUAUCGCUUCUGUAGGAGCAAAUUCACAAUUUUGUGGAUGUAUGCAUUUGGAGCCAUUAAUAUUAAUCAAGCUGUUGGAUACUAAGUUGUUAAUAGUAUCCCUGCUUUUUCAUCUGCCGUGUAUGUCAAUUCUGUUUUUUUUUUUUUUUAUUAAAAACGUGUAUAUUUUAUGCUUUGUUACAUCAGUUCAUAUUAACUGUUUUAUGUUAUUGUAUAUUUAGCAUUUUCUUAUUGAAAUCAAGACCUGUUGUAUUAUUUGCUUAGAUGAGGAAAUGUUAAAGAAAAUAUUUUCUUAACACUUGCUCAGUUUAUAUAGACCUCAGUAGUGGCAUCCUAUUAAUUUUACCAAUCCUUUAAACAUGACUUGAAUAUUUUCAUUAUUAUGUCCUGAUGAAAAAAAAAUUCCAUCCAUUCAUUGUAUGCAUAAAGUGUGUGGACAUUACCUUUGACUGCAGAUGACCUGACCUGGUGAAAGAUAUUUAUGUAGGUUGUAGGAAGUGGUGGUGGAGGUGGUCAGCAUGUGUAAUGGAAGCAGCACAUAUUACUCAUGUGACUUUUUUACAACCAUAUAUAAUUGUGAUAUAUUUAUUUUUUUAUUGAUUGAUUUAACUGAGUGAAUGGAUUGGUCCAGGGACCAUUUUCAGCCAUUACUUGCAGUGCGCAUCUGUACAGAAAAGCAUUUGUGUACAUACAAAAUCUUAACCGGUUUUUUUUUUUUUUAACACCUUUAAUUAGCACUUAAGACAGCUGUAAUACAGUACAAAUAUGCAAACAAGACAUUUUAGAAAGCAUUAUAGAGAGUUUCUAAAGGUUGCACGAUGUAUUCUUUCAGCACGUUUGACAUUGAUAGAACAGCUUUACAGAAGUUACACAGCAGCACUUAUUUAACAGAGACUAGCAUAUCUUUACAGAAUUUUACAGUACAAGGAGUUAGAAAUGUUAUACAGUAAUGGAAAUGAAACUAUCGGAUAUAAACUAUAUACAUAUUUAAAAUCAGCUGUGUUACUUUGCAUAGCUAUUGUGUUCAGCUUCCGUGUAGUGUAACCUAAUGAACUCUGCAGCUCAAAGGGCAGAGCAAAUAAUGUAUGUGGUUAAAUUAGCCCUGGUCAUUAAAACUCGAGCAGAGUUAAGAUUUUUUAAAUAUUCA